CGGACAUUGGCUGACUUUGAGUGGCCGGCGCAGUCAGAUUUCUAAGUAUCAUUUCUAAGGCACCUUUUAAAAGUGGCGGAGUCGCCUCCCAGCUCUAGCUCAUUCAGCCUCUUUUGCGCCUUUCUUCCAACCUCUCUUGGCUUCCUUGCUUCCUGGCCUUCAGCCUCACGAUUUGAAUUUCGUGGGGAGAAGGGAUAGGUUUAGACCACACGGUCUGUGUCCACCAGGCUGGGUUGCGGGCUGUUUUUUGCUCCCUUCCCUCUUGCUAGGCUGGUUUGAGCACCCGUCACGUCCCUCUCGUACUUAUCAGAUUCAGCACUUAUCAGGUGGAGCCAGAAGGCUUGGGUAAUAAAACCCGGAGUGACUAAUCCGUGCCCUGAGUAGACAGACUUCUGUCAGCCAGUUCGUGGCCUGUGUAGUUAGGAGCAGACCUCUUUUACUAUAUGGAUAAUUAUGCUAUUGCCUCCAUUAGUUGUUUUGUUUUUGUUUUUUUUUUUUAAGAUUUUAUUUUUAAGUAAUCUCUACAUCCAAAAUGGGGCUGGAACUUAAAACCCGGAGAUCAAGAGAUCCUCCCUCUAGUGACUAAGUCAGUCAGGUGCCCCUCCUCUAUUAAUCUUUUGCUCUUCCCCGGUUCAAAUGCCAAGCAUUAAGUGAGCCACCAAAAUCAUCUCCCAUUUUCUUUUCCUUCCUUCCUUCCUUCCUUCCUUCCUUCCUUCCUUCCUUCCUUCCUUCCUUCCUUCCUCCCUCCCUUCCUCCCUCCCUCCCUUCCUUCCUUCCUUCCUUCCUUUUUACAAACUCUAGAGUGGAGGGAGCUGUCUGCUACAUACAAAACAGCUCCCAUUAUCUUUCAAACCACCGCAAGCCUAUUAUGCAGCCAUGAGUUAGUGGAGAAGAACCCAGAGUUACAGAGAGAAGAUUAUAAAUGCCAGAGCCAUUUAACUGAUGGUUAGCUGCUGAAUUCUGACACUUCCUUAAAUACCUUCUUGCACCAACAUCUUCACUGGGAGGAAUUCAGGAAAAGUAGCAGAGGGAAGGAGAGAUCACAUUUACAUGUACCAUGGCUAUACCAAUAACAGUGCUUGACUGUGAUCUCUUGCUCUAUGGCCGAGGUCACCGGACAUUGGACCGCUUUAAGCUGGAUGAUGUGACUGAUGAAUACUUGAUGUCCAUGUAUGGGUUUCCUCGACAGUUCAUUUAUUACUUGGUGGAGCUGUUGGGGGCGAAUCUUUCUAGACCUACUCAAAGAUCCAGAGCUAUUAGCCCAGAGACACAGAUUCUUGCAGCACUGGGCUUCUAUACUUCAGGUUCCUUCCAGACUCGGAUGGGAGAUGCUAUUGGAAUCAGUCAGGCAUCUAUGAGUCGAUGUGUUGCCAAUGUCACCGAAGCACUUGUGGAAAGAGCCACACAGUUCAUUCGCUUUCCAGCUGAUGAAGCCUCCGUGCAGGCUCUGAAGGAUGAAUUCUAUGGGUUGGCAGGGAUGCCAGGGGUGAUAGGGGUGGUUGACUGUAUCCAUGUGGCAAUCAAGGCACCAAAUGCUGAAGACCUCUCCUAUGUGAACCGCAAGGGUCUGCAUUCUUUAAACUGCCUGAUGGUGUGUGACAUCAGAGGGGCACUAAUGACUGUGGAGACUAGCUGGCCAGGCAGCCUACAGGACUAUGCUGUGCUGCAGCAAUCUUCCCUCAAUAGUCAUUUUGAAGCCGGAAUGCACAAAGAUAGCUGGCUGCUUGGUGACAGUUCCUUCUUUCUACGUACUUGGCUCAUGACCCCCCUUCACAUUCCUGAAACUCCAGCCGAAUAUCGCUAUAAUAUGGCCCAUUCUGCAACUCACAGUGUGAUUGAGAAGACUUUCCGAACCCUCUGCUCCCGAUUCCGCUGCCUGGAUGGAUCCAAGGGAGCGCUGCAGUACUCACCAGAGAAGUCCAGCCACAUUAUCUUAGCUUGUUGUGUCCUCCACAACAUCUCCCUGGAGCAUGGGAUGGAUGUUUGGUCCUCUCCAAUGACAGGACCCAUGGAACAGCCCCCUGAAGAGUAUGAGCACAUGGAGUCCUUGGACCUAGAGGCUGACCGAAUCCGCCAGGAGCUGAUGCUCACUCAUUUUAGCUAAUGUGAAAGGUGUGGCAGGGAGGGAGACUUUCCAGAAGGAGUUGUGACAAACUUUCCCCUCGCCACCCCCUACAGAGUUCCAUCAUCUAGCAUGACUAUGUGGACACUUGUCACAAACUGAUAUUUAAUCUGUGUGUUUUAGAAGGGUGUGGCUAUGCCAAAAUAUCUUGAUUCAUUUGCAAAUAUAUUAGCUAAACCAAAACCAAGCCAAUAGUUCCCUGCUAUCCACUGAACUCCAGGUUGAGCACCACUCAUUUGAAAACCCACUAGUAGCAGACAUUUAUGAUUGUGCCUGCAAAAUCAAAGCAAAGGGGAAAAUGGCACUCAGCCAGAAUGUUUUUUUAUUUAAUUAUCUAGAGAUUUCAAAUGAAAACAAUAUUUGUUUGUCCUGAAUUAUUGAAUAGGAUUUUAGCUUUUCUACUUUGCUGCAUAUAUAGGCAUCAUCUGAGACAAGUGUAAAGAGCAAAUUUGUUAGGGAAUGGUCUUCUGACAAAAGUAAGUGGCUACUAAUCUGAGUUUGCAGAUUUGUGUUUUUAAGAGGAUGUUAGGGACAGCCUGAAGCCUCCAUCUGUAGUCGUUCUGCAGUAGUUGGACUGUGACUUGGACCUGGUUUCUAGGGAGAACAUCUGGACUCCAAUCUCCUCUUUCCAACUCAGAGUAGGAGUUAGAGGCUAAAUGGGUUUAAGAACCCAAUCAGCUUAAAGAAUACAAGUCAAAAAAGAUAAAAUAGCAAGCUUACACUUUACAGAUCUAAAGACCCUGAUAGAUUGAUGGACAGAGGAGAUUCACCCAGGUUUUGACAGCUCAAAUCUAAAUAGAUCACAUUUCUUAUGCUCAUGAUGUUAGAAUGUCUGUUUGGCCAUUCUGCUUUGAAAUUCCUUGAAUAGAAGGAAGAUUGAGGGAAUAAAGAAGGCAUUGUGAAGUGGUGAAAAAGGAGGUAAAAAGAACAUAAUUUCUUGGUGUGAAAUGAAUUUGGUGUUAGACCUACUUGGAUAUCUUGUGUGCAAAGUGAUGGACAGAAUUUCCCAGGAAAUAAAUAGUCCCCUACCAAGUCUUAUUCUAAAAUUAUACUGAUAUAAAAAUAACCUGAUUGGAAUAAUGAAAGUGUGAAUUAGGUUCACACUUUGGUGCCUUUGCUGGGACAAAAAAGAGACUUUCCUGAGGAUUGUCUUGUUCCCAGUUUCUCAUCAACUCACCAUAUGAUACUUCAGAAUUGUCCUCUUGGAUCAUUUCCUACCUGCCUUUGGCAGUGUUAAUCUGGUGAUUUUCAAAGUAAAGAAAUGAACAGCUGAUGACAGAAGAAAUUUGGAAAUAAAUUGGAGGUGACUCAUCGCUAUGAUUAAAAACAAUUAUGGAUUAUUAUCUGCUGUUUAUUUCUACUCCAAAUGCUAUUUCCCGUCAUCAUCCUACUCUAUAAAGAGUGGGUCCAUUUGGCAGGAGGUUGAGCUUCGUACGUACAAUGACAUCACGGAGAUGAGACUAGACCGUGAAGAGGUGCCUGUGAACGUUAGUUCUACUCACUGUGCAGCACAGGUGCCGUUACAUAUUUUUCCUUUGUAAAAUCCAACCUGUGACCACCCUUGCUUUGUCUCCCUCAUGAGGCAAUAUUUUAACUCUCACAGUCUUUCCAGGUUUCCUGAAAUGGGUAUUUUUCCCUACAGAGUUUUGGUUCUAGUAUGCAUAUUGCAUGAGGAAAGGGUGACUGGCAUCCGGGUUAUCAUAAGUGGCAAGGUGGAGUGUGAACUUCAAAAAUGCCUGGCAUUUUAGCCUGAAAAAACCUACCCUAAAGGAAAAUUGGGGUUUUUCACAGCCUAACUCACUGGAUGGUAACAUGAAGCCUGAGUGGGAGGGACAGUCUUGGAGAGAUUUCAAAAGCAAUUUCAAGUCUAUUACUUGCACAUCAAAGAUAAUUUCUAAGUGCUGAACCGACUGAAUAUUGGCUGGCAGUGUUUUUCCCUGGGAGCAUUUUAUUUCCUAAUAAUUCCACAGAAUAACUGUUCAAAUCUGUUUCUUUAAUCUCCAUUCAAUGUGAAUUUUUACAGGCCAGGGU